AACGCACAGGUUAUAUACAUUUGUUACAUCUAUCAACGCACUUUCGUACUCCUGCAAGUCGCAACUUGACUGCCUAUUUUAUACCUUUCAAGUCGUUCGAUCUUUAUUUCGUAUCAUUUAUACACCCUAGAAAAGCGUACGAAUAUCCUUUCGCACUGUUGAUUUCGUUUCUUUUUUUACCUGUUUCUCUUUCUAUCGUUACUGUAUCGUUGAUUGACUUGAUGGAUGACCUCCAUUUUUGUUGCAACUAUUUCAUUCAGCGUAUUUGUCGCAGUGUUUCUCGGUUCAACUAUUAUUCACGAAUCCCUUUUCGACUUUCCAAUAACAACUCUACGAUAAUCGUAACAUUCUCCGAUUAAAUCUAAUGUCUACAUUUUAAAAGGGAAGAGAAGCAGCAAAUUAAAAUUUAUCAAAACCAUGUUUGAUGAUAGUAGGUCGUAGUCUGCAACAAAUUUGACAUUUACGUCUGCAGAUAUAACCUGACGAGGUAUUUAUUAGGACAAAAGAGCUAACACUCUCUUUAUUGUUUUCAUACGUUUCAUAAGGUCUGUACAUUGUGAAAAACAUGCCUCUGUUCGGAAAGUCUCAAAAGAGUCCGGCGGAGGUGGUAAAAGCUCUUAAGGAGGCGGUAAAUGCGUUGGAGCGUGGUGAUAAGAAGGUAGAAAAGGCUCAAGAGGAUGUUAGUAAAAAUCUGGUACACAUAAAAAAUAUGCUUUACGGGACGGCUGAAACCGAGCCUCAAGCAGACAUCGUCGUUGCCCAGUUAGCACAAGAAUUGUAUAAUAGUAAUCUGUUGCUUUUGCUUGUGCAAAAUCUUAGUCGCAUAGAUUUCGAGGGGAAAAAAGAUGUUGCUCAAGUAUUUAAUAAUAUAUUACGAAGACAAAUUGGAACUAGAUCUCCUACAGUAGAAUAUAUAUGCACAAAGCCAGAAAUAUUGUUUACCCUCAUGUCUGGGUACGAACACCAAGACAUCGCUUUGAAUUGUGGCACUAUGUUAAGAGAAUGUGCAAGAUACGAGGCCUUGGCAAAAAUAAUGCUUUAUUCGGACGACUUUUACAAUUUUUUCAGAUACGUUGAAGUCUCAACAUUUGACAUAGCUUCCGACGCGUUUUCUACGUUCAAAGAAUUACUCACCAGGCAUAAAAUUCUAAGCGCUGAAUUUUUAGAAAUUAAUUACGACAAAGUUUUCUCUCAUUAUCAAAGGUUAUUGAAUUCAGAGAAUUAUGUUACGCGACGACAGAGUUUGAAACUGCUAGGAGAACUCUUACUCGAUAGACAUAAUUUUACCGUAAUGACACGAUACAUCUCGAAUCCGGAUAAUCUAAAAUUGAUGAUGAACAUGCUCAAAGAAAAAUCACGUAACAUUCAAUUCGAAGCGUUUCACGUUUUUAAGGUGUUCGUGGCGAAUCCGAAUAAACCGAAACCGAUCUUAGACAUUCUACUGCGCAAUCAGGAAAAGUUGAUCGAAUUCCUGACGCGCUUCCACACUGAUCGUUCAGAGGACGAACAGUUCAACGACGAGAAGGCGUAUCUUAUUAAACAGAUUAAAGAACUUAAGUCUGUACAUGAGAAUUAA